GCUGCGCUGGUCGGGGCGCAUGCGCAGCGUGCGGACUUCCGGGCUGGCCACCAUUUUGUUUUUCACCGCCGCCAAGGAUAUAAGGUGAAGAAGCGCGGCCGCCUGGGAGUCGUCGGCAUGUUGCCUCUGGCCAAGACCGCGCUGCGCCUCGGCACUCGUAGUAUUCAAUGGAUCGCAGCAAGACAGAGUCACCACAAACACGUGCCUGACUUCCAUGAUAAAUAUGGCAACAUGGUACUACUUGGUGGAACCUUAUUUUGUGUGUCCAUUUGGGGAUAUGUAGUAACACAAACUGGAAUUGAGUGGAAUUUAUCACCAGUUGGCAAAGUCACUCCAAAAGAAUGGAGAGAGAAAUAGCCUUCAUUCAUACUGGACUGAAAUGUGCAGUAAUCCUGAACUGGUCUGAAUUUUCAUUAUGCCAGUAUGUAAUGACAUCUGUUCACUGAUUAUUGCCACUUAUAGUAUGGAAUUACUGGUAUAAUAAAUACAUUUAAAAACUCUU